GUAUAGCGACAUCCCUUGUUCACGCCCUGUUUACGGCUAAGCGCCGGGGAGCCCCGGGCAGGUCGGCUGCCGCCCGGGGUCCCUCAGGCAAGAAGCUUGCUGAGGAAGGAUGUCUCUGUCCUGGGUCGAUGCCUUUCGGAUUAUGGGCCCGGCGUUCCUGGUUUCGGUGGCGCUGGUGGACCCGGGGAACUGGGCAACGGCCAUCGAGGCGGGCAGCCGCUUCGGCUACGAGCUGGUGUGGGUGGUGGUCGCCUCCAACCUCGUCGCCAUCCUGCUGCAGACGCUGGCGGCGCGCCUGGGCAUCGUGACCGGCAAGCACCUGGCGCAGGUCUGCCGCGAGUCCUACCCGCCACAGGUGUGUGCGCUGCUGUGGGCGCUGUGCGAGGUCUCCAUUGUGGCGCUUGACCUCACCAUGCUGCUGGGCACCGCCAUCGGCCUGAACCUGCUGCUGGGCUGGCCGCUGCUGCCCUGCAUCCUGCUCACGGGGCUGGACGCACUGCUGCUGCUGCUGCUGGUGCCGGUGUCGCAGGGCGUCAAGAAGUCAGAGGCGCUGACGGUGGGCCUGCUGGCGGUGGUGGUGGCCUGCUUCCUGGUGGACCUGCUGGUGUCGCGCCCGCCUCUGCGCUCCGUUGCCGGCGGCCUGCUGCCGCGCCUGCGCCGCGAGUCCGUCUACACCGCCGUCUCCCUGCUGGGCGCCAACGUCAUGCCACACAACUUCUACCUGCACUCGGCGCUGGUGGCGGGGCAGGCGCGCGGCGCGGUGGCGGCCGCCGCGGCGGCGGCCGCCGCCGCAGCGGCGGCGCCUGCGGCGCAGAAGCGCGCCGCGGGGGGCGAGGCGGCGGAGGCGGCUGCCACGGCUGCCAAGACGGUGCGGGCGCUGUGUCUGUACAACUUCUUGGACAUUGGCGCGGCGCUGGGUGUGGCGCUGGUGAUCAACGUGGCGGUGCUGUUAGUCUCUGCAGCCACCUUCCACUCCGCGGGUGUGGUGGUGCACACGCUGCAGGACGCGCACGACCUGAUGGAGCAGACCCUGUCCUCCUCCAUCGCCCCGGCAGCAUUCGGCACCGCGCUGCUGUGCGCCGGACAGCUGUCCACCUUCACGGGCACCAUCGCUGGCCAGGUGGUGCUGCAGGGCUUCCUCAACAUCCACAUGCCCACCUGGCUGCGCCGCCUCAUCACCCGCACAGCCGCCAUCAUACCCGCCGCAGUGCUGCAGGCAGUGUACGGCGACCGCGGCACCUACAAGUUCCUGCUCAUUGCGCAGGUGGUGCUGGCGCUGCAGCUGCCCGUCACGCUGGUGCCGCUCAUCAAGGCCACCAGCAGCCGCCAGCUCAUGGGCGCACACGCCUCCUCGCGCCUGCUGGCGGCGGCGGCCUGGGCGGCGGCGGGCCUGGUGUUCAUCGCCAACCUGGGGCUGUUCGUGACGCAGCUGCUGCCGCAGGCGGGGCUGGUGCAGUCGGCGGCGGCGUCGGCGGCGCACAAGGGCCUGCUGGACAAGGACGGCCCCCUGGACGCCUGGCUGGACGCGCUGGCCGCCGCCGCCUGGGCCGACCCGGGCCGCGCCGCCGGUCUGCUGGCGCUGGCGCUGGCGGCCGCCGCCUUUCUGGCGCUGCAGCUGUGGAUGCUGGUGACGCCGCUGCGCGUGGCGGCGCCGCUGGUGGUGUACGGGGGAGUGGGUGCAGGAGGAGGAGCGGGGGAGCAGCAGGGGUGGCAGGGUUGGCAGGGCGCGGAGGAGGGCGGUGGGUACGGCGGACGGGGUGGCGGUGAGUCGGCAUACUCGCAUGGCUGGGAGGCGGGCGGCAGCAGCGGUGCCGGCGGCAAGGCCAGCGCAAGGGAGCAGCAGGGGCGGCCUGGCGCCGCCGGCUCUGCCUCCGCGCACCGCGGCGCGAGCGCGGCGCAGUUCGCCAGCCGACAGCAGCACCAGCACCACUACCAACAGCAGCACCACCACCACCACCAGCAGGAGCAGCACCACGCCGCGGCAGGCGCUUGGGGAGCUGCCGGCGGCGGCGGAAGUAGCACCAGCCGCGGCGCCAGCCCGCGCCAGUCCGCCGACGGCGGCGGGCAGUGGUACGGCGUCGACGCCGCCGCGAACGCCGCCGCCGCGGCGGCGCUGGCGGGCGCGUGGGUGAUUCCCAGGUCCGCGAUUGAGAUGGCCACGGCGCGUGGCCUGUGGAGGUACGGGGGCCUACCUGGCGGGCGGCCUCCUGGGUACGAGCCGCCGGCGGCGCUGCCGCUGUCGCUGCCCUGGCGGCGGGACGGCAGUAGCAGGAGGAGGAGGAGGAGGCGGUCUGGGCACGAGCGUGGGCCGGCGGAUGGGGGGAGGAGGGGCAGCCUCAGCGGGGGCAGCAGCAGCAGCGGCGAGGGCAGCGGCAGUAGCGACGCCGGAGCCGACAGCGAUGGCGGCAGUAGCAUGCUGCUGCUGCUCUGCAGCAGCGGCUACAACUCCGAAGCCGACGACGGCGGCAGUAGCAGGCCGCGCGCUUACGCUGCCCACCACGCCGCGCCGCCUGGUGCUGCUGCCUCGCUGCCAGGGCUGGCAGCCGUUGUAGCAGCAGCACCGAGCGCUGCGGCGCCGGCGGCACUCCCGCAGGCGGCAGUAGCAACACACGCGGCGCCAGCGGCUGACAAUAGUUUCAUUCGAUCACUCCCGCUGGCGGCAGUAGCAGCAGUACCGGCGGCGCCAGUGGAUAGUUGGGAGUCGCUGGCGGAGUGGAGUCCCAGAGGAGAGGCCGGCGUGGGCAUCGGGGCCGGGGGCGUGAGCAGCAGCGCCGGCAGUGCCGCGGGCGCCGUGCAGCCGCCAGCUGCCACGACUCGGGAACGGGCUGCGCUGCAGCCACCAGCCUCCCGGGCGGCGGCUGUGGCUGCGAGUGCGAGUGCGUCGCGCCCAGCAGCCGCCGGCCUGGCGGCUCCAGCCCCUGCCUUCACGGCUCCUCUCUCCGCCCCCGCCACCUCCCCUGAGCCGGCGUCGGACGCAAGCUCCCGGCAUGACCUGCCGCCUCUCUCACGCAUUCGCUCUGCUAGCAGCUCCGGCAGUGGCGGCGGCAGCGGCCGCGCCGGCACCUCCGCCUCCGCGCCAUCAUCAUCGCGGCCGCCGCACCCCGUCACGCGCGGCGGCCGGCGGCAGUUUGCGCUGCUACUGGACGAGUUCUGGUCCUGCCUGUACGACGCCCACGGGUUGCCCGUGGGUACGGCAGACCGUGUGUUCGUGGCGGGCGGCGCGGCCGGCGGCGGCGGCAGUAGCAGCAGUGGUGCUGGCGGCGUUGGCGGGGGAGCAGGCGCAGCUACUGCUGGUGGCAAGGGGGGCGGCAAGGGCCAUGGCCCGUCAUCCCAACAGCAGCACCAGCAGCACCAAGGCACGAGCUCUGGAGGUGGCAAGGCGGGUGGCUCUGGCCGCGGCAAGGGUGCCGCUGGUGCUGCAGCCUCUGUCGCCGCUGCCGCCUCCUCCGCCGUGUCGCCGCUGGUGUGUGGUCACACGGAGGGCAGCCACCUGUGCAUGGGCUGCAGCCAGGCGCUGUUUGAGGGCGUGCAGCGCUGCCUGCUGGCGGUGGAGGGCGGCGUGGAGGGCGCGGAGGCGGCGCUGUGGGGGCCCUGGCCGCUGCAGCUGCUGGCGCCGCAGGCCAACCAGACGUACGCCUACCACCGGGCUGUGCUGCUGGCCGCGCGCAACGCCGACUUUUGCGCCCUGUCCGCCCUGUGCGCCGGCACCUUCACCAGCACCUUGGACCGCUCGCGCCUGCUGGCGUCCACGCCCAUCACCACACAGCACCAGGUCUCGCACCGCCUGCCGCUGCACAUGCCGGCGGCGCCGUCACAGCCUCAGGGCCCCGGGGCUGGCGAUCGAGAGGCCGGUGCUGGUGCUGGUGCUGGUGCUGGUGCUGGUGCUCCUCACAGCGGUGGUGGAAAGCGGGGGUGGUGGGCGGCGGCAGGCCCAGCCGCUGUAGCCGCAGCUGCUGCUACGUCUGACGCUCCGGCGUCCGGCGAGCAGCCGCAGCAGCCGGCAGCCAAGCGCUCGGCCUGCCUGCCGGGCCUGGGCGCAACAGCAGCAGCAGUAGCAGCAGCAGCGCCGCCACCUGCAGCUGCGGCGGGCGCGGUGUGGCAGACCGCGCCGUCGGCGGCCGUGCUGCCGUGCGACACCCACGACUUGGUCGGGCCGCCGCAUCCGGAUCCCUACCACCAUGCAGCCACACACACAGCUGCAUCUGCAGCAACGGCAACAGCAUCACCGGAUCCAACUCCCGAGGGUGCGGCGGCGGCUCCUCCCCAGCUGCCGCCGCCCACGCUGAGCUCGUGGUGCCUGUUCGGGCCGGCGGUGCUGGUGAGCUUUGGCGUGUGGUGCGCCUACACGCUGCUGCAGUGGUGCGCCGCCGAGUCGCGGCCCGAGCUGUGGGGCCGCUACGCCGCGGUGCUCAACCGGCUGCAGGGGGUGGUGUGGGACUCGCGACUUGACGUGGCCGCGGCGGCGGCGGCGGCGGCUGACGCAGCGGCUGCUACGGCCAGCGCUGCCAGCACCAGUGCUACAGCCGCCUCCCAGCACCACCACCAGCAGAACCAGCAGCAGCCGGCGCCGCUGCCCGCCAGCGCGCUGCGGCUGUGCCCGGCGCACCUGGCGCUGCUGCGGCGCGAGCUGGCGGCGCAGCUGGCUGGGCUGGAGGGCGGCGGCACGUUGGAGCGGCGCGGGCCGGCGGACACGGCGGCGGGCGAGGUGGCGUUCCCGCGCGGCAAGGAGAUCCUUCUGUCUGUCAUGCGGCGCUACCGCCGCCGCCUGGGCAUUGGGGGAGGAGGAGGAGGUGGAAGAGGAGGAAAUGGAGGGGUAAGAGGAGGAGGCGUGUGGCAUCCGCCGGAUUUCGGCGGGGGUGUGGGAAUGGGGGCGGGAGGCGGCGGUAUGGCGGUGCUGCGGGCGGCCGUGCUGCCGUCGCUGUUGUCGGUGGCAAUGGUGGUGUGCCUGGUGGCGCUGUUCCCGCCUGGGCCGGUGGUGGGCGUGGAAGCCGCUAUGCCGCUUGUACAAUAGUGUUUGCUGCCUAAAUGCUGCUGGCGCGUUGCCGAUGUCACCAACUCAUCAUGACAGUAGAUGCGGUCCGGUACUCCUGCAUGGCCCCCAGUGAAGGCCUAUGCACGCGGAUCUGGCAUUUCCGAAAUGGAUGAGAACGCACUCGCACCGCCUACCGCCGCCGUUGCGUAAGGGAUGGGCGGGCGGAGAUAGGUUUCAAUGCGUUUCGGGCCUUUUCAUUAUUUUGUGGUUUGAAGUGCGGGUUGCUAUUGGUCCCGUCACUGGGUUUUGGAAUGAAGUAAUGACGGAGGUCACUAAUAAGGCAUGCCACUGUAAAUGUGCAUCACC